AGGGGCGGGGCCGCGCGGAGCCAGCGGCGCAGCCAGGGAUGAGAAACUUGUCCCGGAUAUUUACCUAAGUCUACCUGGCCGCUCCGACGCGCCCCGGGCCGAGGCCUCUACAGCGGACACCCCGAGGGACGCGAGCCGCCUCCGGAGCGGGACGACGGAGGAGCAGCGGGAAGCAGACGGGCCCCGAUCCAUUAAUCGUUCACCUGGGAACCGACACAGCACACAUGUCCCAUCCCAGUGACGGGCUGAGUUCACGGUGUUUGUCUUGAGACGGAGGCGCAGAGUUACUGCGGUAACAGACAUGCCAAAACCGGACCUGCUCUGCCUCGUUCAGCUGCUGGACAGCGAUAUCCAGACGUUCCGAGUCAGCAAGCAGGAUGAAGGUGCGGUUCUGUUGGACCAAGUAUCCAACCACCUGGGCCUGCAGGAGCGGCAGCUCUUCAGUCUGCAGAUCAGAGAGACCGGCACUGCCAUCGCCUCCUUCGCAGCCAACACGCACUCUCCUAGAUGGUUGGAGCCCGAGAAACCCUUUAGGAAGCAGAUAAAAGGUCUUGCUUCUCCAUUUUAUCUCAACUUCAGAGUUCGAUUCUUCAUCUCUGAUCCCAACUCUCUGCAGUGUGAACAGACGAGGCACCUGUACUUCCUCCAGAUCAGGAGUGACAUUAAAGAAGGACGGCUGCAGUGUCCGCUGAGUGCAGCGGUGGUGUUGGCCUCGUACGCGGUGCAGUCAGAGAUCGGGGAUCACUCUGCCUCCUGCGCCCCCGGCUACUUGUCCAAGUGCCACUUCAUCCCAGAGCAGGAUGAAGACUUCCUCUGCAAAGUGGAGGAUCUGCAUCCGCAGCACAAGGGGCUGAAGCAGAGCGAAGCGGAGCUGUGUUUCCUCAACACGGCGCGGACGCUGGAGUUGUACGGGGUGGAGCUGCACGCCGCUAUGGACUUCAGCAGUGCUCCUGUCAUGGUGGGUUUGGCCUCAAGCGGUGUUGCAAUAUUCUGUAAUAAGAUUUGCUCCAGUUUCUUCCCCUGGAGCAACAUCAUAAAGAUUUCAUAUAAGAGAAAGCGUUUUAUUAUACAUCUGAAACGUAAACAUGGUGAGACCCAAGACUGUGAGGUGUCUCUGAAUCUACCCUGUCCCAAGACCUGUAAGAACCUCUGGAGGUCCUGUGUGGAUCAUCACUCCUUCUUCUCCUCCAACCGAAGUGCCAGGAGCCCAAAACACAACAAUGGCACCAACAGCACAGUUCAGGCCUACACGAAGCUGAUAACACAACACCUGGGCCUGGGCAACAGUAAAACCGAGAGUGGUCCAGAGUACCAGCGGGUGGUGGGAGGGAUGGUGUGGAACCCGGUCCUGCAGAGGUCAUUUUCAUCAGAGCAUCUUGAGACAAAGAGUCUGCCGUCCAGAUCCCCCCCGACCACCCCAAACUGGCGAAGUCCUCGAGUUCGCCACGGCAUCCGUAAACCCCGUCCCUCCUCAGUGGAGCUGUCCACGGACCUAAAAGACAUGUCUGAGGGGGAGGACGUCUUCUACACAUACAGGGCGUCUGUGGGCAGCAGCAAGGACAGCGAUGGAGAGGGUUCGCCCCAUCAUACUUCUCAUCCCUCCCACCAACGACCGAAUGAGACUGAUGGCAGCGUAGCAGAGGAGGCCAGCUCCCGCCGCGCUGACAAGGGGGCUCUGGGCGACGGCGACCUGAUGCUGAUAUGCCUCACCCCGGACCAUGAGGGCAAGUUCGGCUUCAAUGUCAAGGGUGGGGUGGAUCAGAAGAUGCCUCUGGCCAUAUCCCACGUCAAACCGGACUCUCCAGCGGGUCGCUGUGAGCCCAAACUCCUGGAGGGAGACCUGCUCGUACUCAUCAAUGGUCGAGACAUUUCUGAACACACACACGACCAGGUUGUCAUGUUCAUACGAGCCAGCAGAGAGUCUCACUCCAGAGAGCUGGCCCUGCUGAUCAGACGUAAAGGUCCCAGCCGGGCGGCAGCACCGCCCGUUCUUCAGCUGCCCCCCGUCCUCACCAUCCCCAGCCAGCCACAGGAAGACGAGCCGAAGUCACCCAGUCAGCUGGAGAAGGUCACGACCCUGGAGGAGUCCAUGAGGCAGCUGGACAGAGGAAUUCAGUCAGGCACACUGUGUUUCCAUUUUGAGAAUUUAUACAGGAGAAAACCUGGCUUGUCCCUAAAUUGUGCUCGUCUCCCUGAGAACGCGGACAAGAAUCGAUACAAGGAUGUAUUGCCUUACGAUGCCACCCGAGUGGUGCUGCGGGGUCACGAGGACUACAUCAACGCCAGCCACAUCGCAGUGGAUCUCCCAGAGUCGGCUGUACCUUUAUGUUACAUUGCAGCUCAGGGUCCCUUGCCUCAGACCUGCGCUCAGUUCUGGCAGACUGUUUGGGAGCAACAGGCACACACCAUCAUCAUGCUCACAACUCUGACAGAGAGGGGACGGACGAAGUGCCAUCAGUACUGGCCACAUCCACCGGAAGUGAAGGAUUAUGGGCACAUGCGGGUGAAGUGUCACUCGGAGGAGUGUAACCUGGCGUAUGUGACGAGACAGUUCACCCUGACGGACACACAGCGAGGUGAGGAGCGUGCAGUCACGCACCUGCAGUAUGUAGCGUGGCCGGACCAUGGCGUGCCCGACGACCCGUCUGACUUCCUGCUGUUCGUCAGCUCGGUCAGAGAGCGGAGGAGAGGCGAGGAGCCCCUCAUGGUGCACUGCAGCGCUGGGAUUGGACGGACAGGUGUUCUGAUCACCAUGGAAACAGCGCUGACUCUGCUGGAUAAGGGUCAGCCGGUGUUCCCGCUGGACAUUGUCAAAACACUGAGAGAUCAGCGAGGGAUGAUGGUUCAGACCACGUGUCAGUUCCAGUUUGUGUGCGAAGCCAUUCUUCAAGUCUAUAAAGAGAAACAGGAGGGAUCCAAAGCACCGUAGCUCAGCACAGUGGGACCAGAACGUACACACUUGCUGUUUCUGCCUCAUCUCGUAGAAAGUGACUUCCACAGAGGGACUUGCUGCGCUACAACAGAUUAACCUCUGUCGCGCCUAUGGGACUGGUUCACAGACUGGGUAAAGAGAGAAUAACUAGCUCCAGACGACGGCCGCUUGUGAUCUGCGUAGCCUAGAUUCAACGUGACAAUAUGAAUCUUACACCUAGACUGCCUUAGUGUUUACUGAUUACUGUGCAUUAAGCUUGAAGAGGCCGACACGAGCUGCUAAUUUCUGUCCAUGAGGCCUCCCAGGACUGACGCCUCUAAGCUAUUUGUGCCUUAGACUGACACCUCCCUGUUAAUGGAUCGAGCAGGGCAGCAGAGACACGCCGGGGUUGUUAUAAUCUGUAGUCUAUCUGUGUCUAAAGGCGGGGAACAAAACUGGCUUUAGAUCACUGCAGCUGAUGGUGCAGCCCAGCACGCUCACGGCCAGAGGAGCACCGACCUACUGUUCUCUGUUAAAUUAUUAGGACACGAAAUAAACACUCUGAUUCAAACUGA